ACACGUGCUCAACCUUUUCUACAGCUACAUCGUCAGUAUUGAACAGAAAAGUUGCACGGAGCGUACAAUGAAAAUUUUAGUGUUACGCAUAUUUUUGCUGUACGUACUGUUUUGCUUAAGCGAAAUAGAAUCAGCUGAUGUAAUUCAUGGAAAAUCCGAUGAUGGCCCUCCUGGCGUGUGUUACAUCAAAAAAAUAAAGUUACAGAUUCCGGACAAAGGAUACGUUUAUAAAGGAUGCCGUUUAUAUACAUGCAAGUAUCCAGAUUAUCUAAAGUAUGGAUGUCCUUCUAUUAAAAUCAAAGGACCAAAUGGAAAACUGUGUACACCGGCAAAGGACUUGACAAAACCCUAUCCAGACUGCUGCAAUAGCGGCAAGUGUGCAUAAUCAAAUAAAUUUCUUUACCAUAAAUUUGAAAUGUACUGAAUAUGUCAAUGUAUUACUAAUUCUGUAAUAUUUAUCUUGAAUAUACCUUUAAUUUAAA